UAAAAACUCUCUAAAAACAAUACGUAAAGUUAAACAAGCUAGAACUCUAGAUCGAACAUCAAUGGCAUACCAAGACGUGCAUGAUAACGAUCCGGACUUUGAAAAUUUAGGAGAUAAUAUAGAUUAUUCUGAUAGAUUUGUUACCGAUAGAGAAUUUGAUUCUGUAGAUGAUUUACAUACUUGGGCUAAUGAGAUAGCACUAACAAUUGGAUUUCAAUUUACACGUGCUUCAUAUAAAAAAAAAGAAGGGCGUUCUAGAGUGAGUCUGUACUUAAGAUGUCACCGUUACGAUAAAAGAAGUGUUGAUUUGCAUAACUUAGACAAUGCUCUCCGACCAGGUUCCAAAAGUAGGGGUUGUGGGAUGACUGUGGAUAUCAGGCAGCACAUACGAGAUCUAAGUGCAACUGGCAUGCAACCAGCAUUUAUAAUGUCUUCAAUUAGAAGAAAUUUUCCUCGUUUUUAUGCUAGUAUGAAUCAAAUUUACAAUGAGAGACAGUCAAUGAGGAGAGAAGAGAUGGAUGGUAGGACUCCUCUUCAACACUGUCUGUAUAUGGCCACGGAGCAUAAUUAUGUAGUUUGGAGGGACUUGGAUAGUGAGGAUCAGUUGACUAGAUUAUUGAUUGCGAAUCCAACUUCUAUCCAGAUGCUACGUUCGUGGCCCCAUGUUGUGUUGAUAGACACAACGUACAAAACGAAUAAGCAAAAGUGGCCCCUUUGCGAAAUCAUUGGAAUGACGCCAACGAAUCAUAAUUUCUUGGUUGCAUUAUGUUUGAUGCGAGAUGAGGCGGCUGUGUCUUAUUCUUGGGUGUUGGAGAGGUUGAGGGAUAUUUACGGGACAGUGCAGACGCCGGAUGUAAUCGUAACGGAUCGGGAUAAGGGUUUGUCUGCAGCUAUUCAUGCUGUCUUUCCAGAUGUACGACAUCUAUUAUGCGUAUGGCAUAUUGGCAAUGACGUGGAGAACAUGGUCGAUAAAUUGUGUGGCGGCAAGAAAAAUCAACAGGGCCAGUUAUUCAGGCAAACAAAAUGGAACCCCUUGGUUAACAGUAUGACGAUCGCCGAUUUUGAAAACAGAUGGGAAGGGAUUGUGUCCACUUGGUCGACUAGGAACCGGAGAGUCGUGCAAUAUUUGGCAGGAACAUGGAUUCCUCACAAAGAGAAAUUUGUGCGUGCGUGGACGAAUGAUUGUUUGCACUUGGGUAACCAGACUACCAGUAGAGUUGAAAGUCAACACUCUUCCUUCAAGUACUACUUGGGUAGCGGUAAUAGCUCAUUCGAUACGCUGUUUAAAAGGGCGCACGCACAAAUUACGAAUCAACAAUCAAAAAUAAGACAAGCUCUUGAGGAAUCUAAGAAUUCCAUUUCAAGGACGUCGCGACUAAAUUUUCUACGACCGUUGUAUCGUCAUUAUUUAGAUGCAGAAGAAGACGCCAACGAAGAAGUACGGCACGCAAACGCCGAUGAUAAAGAGUACUCUCAAUUGUUGGUGGAUGAAGUUUUAAAAUCCGACCCCUCAGUACUACGACGCGUCUCUCAGGUACUUGAACAUGAGCUGCACCCCGAUGGUGACGACAUACCUGAGCCCGAAGCAAGUCCACCGAGGAAAGGAAGACCAAUGACAAGCAGAACCUUGAGGAGAAACAAAAGUGCGUUUGAGUACAGUAGAUCGUCCUCAAGGGGUCGCGGAUCAAGAUCAUCAUCACGCGGGAGAUCCAGUGGUAGAUCAACCAGCCGGUCGCAUCAAUCGUCAGUUGGAAUUAACUUCAGUUUCAACUUAUCAGAUGGUGCAGCAGGUCGUGAUUUUUCACUUUUUCCGUGGCCAGAUCACAUUCCAUUUAUUCUUCCGCCAUAUCUGUUUGAUUGGAUUGAUGUUAUAGGUGACGGUAAUUGUGGAUUUAGAGCUAUUGCCGCCACAGAGUUAGGGACACUAACAUAUUCGACUCUGUUAUCAGCAGCACCAAACGCAGCAGCAGGUCCUUCACUUGGGAUGAGAAAACAGUGGGAAGACACUCUAAACCAGUCCACGUAA